AUGGACAGAGAAGUCUACAAAGAUGAUGAAAAUUCAUGGGUUGCCCCACUUCCGUUCAAAGAGCCAAGACAACUUCUACCGAACAACCGUCCACAAACAGUGGAACGCCUUAAGUCACUUUUGCGAACUUUCAGAAGAAAGCCAGAGAUCAAAAGGGACUUUGUGGCCUUUAUGGAAAAACUAUUCGAAAAUGAUCACGCAGAGAUAGCUCCUUCCGUCAGUCCCAAUGAACAGUGUUGGUAUUUGCCUUCCUUCGGGGUAUACCAUUCCAAAAAGCCAUCCCAAAUGAGAGUAGUCUUCGACUCAAGUGCUCUCUAUAAAGGUGUAUCACUAAAUAAGGUCCUCUUGACGGGUCCGGACCUCAAUAACAGUCUUCUUGGAGUCCUCAUGCGGUUUCGUAAAGAGCCCGUUGCUUUCAUGGUGGACAUACAACAAAUGUUCCACUGCUUUAGAGUUCGGCCUGCAGAUAGGAACUACCUCAGGUUUCUUUGGUUUUAUGAAAAUAACCUAGAGAAUGAGCUCACCGAAUACCGCAUGAAGGUACAUGUGUUCGGCAACAGUCCAUCUCCGGCAGUGGCCAUCUACUGUCUUCGCUGUGCAGCUCAAGAAGGAGAAACCGAUUUCGGUGAAGAUGCCAGACAGUUUGUAGAGGAAGACUUCUACAUGGAUGACGGACUGAAGUCUUUACCCACACCAGAAAUGGCUAUAAGCUUGCUAAAAAGGACACAAGACAUGCUGGCUGGAUCUAACUUGAAGUUACACAAAUUGGCUUCAAACAGCAAGAAAGUCAUGCAAGCGUUUCCAUCUGACGAUUAUGCCAACUCACUGAAAGAGCUAAACUUAGGUGUUAAUUCACUUCCUAUGCAACGCACUCUUGGCUUAAUGUGGAAUUUGGAGACAGACUGUUUCAACUUCCAAGUGCAAAGUGAUAAUAGACCAUACACUAGGCGUGGACUGUUAUCAGUGGUAAACAGCUUGUACGACCCACUAGGAUUUGUGGCUCCUAUAACAGUUCAGGGCAAGUUAUUACUGAGAGAAUUAACCGCAAACGCAACUGACUGGGACUCCUCCUUACCUGCAAGCGGUCAGGAGCCGUGGGACUCAUGGAAAAGUUCUCUGCAAGAGUUGCAACAUAUACAAGUCCCGAGGAGCUAUGGACUUAUACCACCAUCAGGUGCCAAGUUCACGGAGCUUUCUGUGUUUUCAGAUGCUUCCGAGAAGGUAAUUGCAGCUGUUGCUUACCUAAAAACAGUUGACUCGAAUGGUAAUUGCCAUACAGGAUUCGUCACAGGCAAAGCAAAAUUAGCACCUCUACCAGAGCUCUCUAUACCUCGCCUGGAACUAUGUGCAGCUGUGUUGUCUGUGAACAUGAUGGAAACUGUCGUUACGGAAAUUGCUAUCAAGUUUGAUGAGAUAAACCUCUACACGGAUAGUCGAGUUGUUCUUGGCUAUAUCUGCGACGAGAAACGUAGAUUUCACAUCUACGUGAGCAACCGUAUACAGAGGAUUCGGAGUAGCACUAAGCCAGAGCAGUGGCAUUAUGUGAGCUCAGAGCACAACCCUGCGGACAUUGCAACACGACCGAUAACUCCAACUAAAUUGCAAGACACAAUUUGGUUCAGCGGACCUGCGUUUUUGCAUCAACAAAAAACUGAGACUGUCCCUAAAGCACCCUUUCCACUUGUUGAACCCGAUCAAGAUGUAGAAAUUCUCUUUCUUAAACAGCUUUCGAGAGAAGUCACAAUCAUGAAGAAUUUAAACCACCCAAAUAUUGUCAAAUUGUUUGAGGUGAUAGAGACGGAAAAGACGCUGUUUCUUGUAAUGGAAUACGCCAGUGGAGGUGAGGUUUUCGACUACUUAGUGGCUCAUGGGAGGAUGAAAGAGAAAGAGGCCAGAGCUAAAUUUAGACAGAUUGUGUCAGCAGUCCAGUAUUGUCACCAAAAACACAUUGUGCACCGAGACUUGAAGGCUGAAAACCUGCUGCUAGAUGGUGAUAUGAACAUUAAGAUUGCUGACUUUGGCUUUAGUAAUGAAUUUAUGGUGGGCAAUAAGCUGGACACGUUCUGUGGAAGCCCACCUUAUGCUGCUCCUGAGCUCUUUCAGGGAAAGAAGUACGACGGGCCAGAGGUGGACGUGUGGAGCCUUGGGGUCAUACUAUACACACUGGUCAGCGGCUCUCUGCCCUUUGAUGGACAGAAUCUCAAGGAAUUGCGCGAACGUGUAUUGCGUGGUAAAUAUAGGAUUCCUUUUUACAUGUCCACUGACUGUGAGAAUCUUCUCAAGAGGUUUCUGGUCUUAAACCCGGCUAAGAGAGGAACGUUAGAGCAAAUCAUGAAAGAACGCUGGAUCAACUCCGGGUUUGAGGAAGAUGAGCUCAAACCCUUCACUGAGCCAGAUGCUGACAUAUCUGACCAGAAGAGAAUAGAUGUGAUAGUGGGCAUGGGCUUCUCCAAAGAGAAGAUUCAUGAGUCUUUGUUCAAAAUGAACUAUGAUGAGGUCACAGCCAUAUACUUACUGCUGGGCAGGAAGACCCAUGAGGAGGUCAGUGACUCCAGCUCCAAUAGUAAUCUCUCUGUGGCAAGGACCAGGCCUUCUAGUGAGAUGAACAGCCAAUCACCAUCUCACCUAAAGGUCCAGAGAAGCAUCUCCUCUAGUGAAUCCCGGAAAUCCAGACGCCAUAGUGAACAAGUUGGUGUGGUUGUAAACUCAGCAUUGAGUAACUCCAAAAAGGUGGUGCCUGUCACAGCAGACAGUGAAGUCAAACAGGAAGGUGGAGUCAUAGCACGUAAGCUGCCCAAUCACAGCCCCCCCAGCCCACUCUUGGGUAAUGCCAACCCCAACAAGACUGAAAUACCUGAUCGGAAGAAAGGAAACUCCAUCACAUCUAAUGUGAAAUACUCUGGAUCAGGAAGCAUGUCAAGAAGAAACACAUAUGUGUGCACUGAGAGAAACAACACAGACCACCUUUCUGUCAUUCCUAAUGGGAAGGAAAACAGUGUAUCACUGUCUCCCAGCUCAAGGGAUCCUGGCCUCUACUCACAGCGCAUCAGCACUUCUACCACACCUGACAAAACUCGUUUCCCUAGAGGCUCAGCAAGCCGCAGCACCUUCCACGGACAAGUAAGAGAUCGACGCACAGCCACCUACAAUGGGCCACCCUCACCAGCACAACCUCGCAGCCGCGCCAACGCCACAACCCUGCUCACUAAGCUGACCUCCAAACUUACCCGCAGAGUCUCAACCGAGUUUGAGAGAAGCGGGAGAUUUGAGGGCUCAAGUCGCCAUGUAUCUGGGGAUCAGCAGAAAGAUGAAGGGAAAGAUGGAAAAGACGGGAAACCUCGCUCUCUCCGUUUCACCUGGAGUAUGAACACCACCAGCACCAUGGAACCAGCAGACAUCAUUAAUGAGAUUCGUACAGUUCUGGAUGCCAACAGCUGCAGUUACCAGCAACGCGAAUGCUUUCUGCUUCUGUGUGCCCAUGGCGACUCUCACACUGACAGCCUUGUCCGGGAGAUGGAGGUGUGCAAACUGCGGCUCUCACUUAAUGGUGUCCGUUUUAAGAGGAUAUCUGGCAACUCCAUCGCUUUUAAAAACAUUGCUUCCAAAAUUGCAGGCGAACUCAAGCUAUGAAUAUAUCUUUAUCUACACAGAGGAAUUUAUGAUUUAGUUCAGUAUAGGCAAACCAAUUAAGCUGUACAAUCGUAAAGUAGCAGUUUACAUUUUUUUUUACGAACCACUUACAUGUAUUUGAAAAACUGUAUAUAUUUUAACAUUGCUUAAAGCAAUAAUUUCUUAACAUCGGUCACACAGUUAUGGUAUUAUCAUGCAAGUCGUUAAAUGCUGUAUGAAAAAGAACAGGUUUGAAACUUUGUGUUACGACUGUAUGAACACAUUAAAAGCAGACUCAUUGCCAUCAGACAGAGUUGAGAAUGAUCAUUCAGGAUUUGUGGUAUUUUGUUUUAUUUGAGCUUUUUAAUAGCCACAGUUAUGUGGUGGUUUUAAGUAUUACGUGUUUGGAUGGCUCUUGUGUAAGGCUGAUCCUUGAGUUGCUUAAGACUUCCUUUUUUAUUUUGCUCUGCACCUCUUUGUAUUGAGGUUGUUUUGUCUGUGAAAAUGGCUACAGUAAAACUGAUUUGAGUUCAGUUUCACUGCUUGAAUGUUAAGAGCAACAUUUAGAUGUUUUAUAAUUUAUUUGAUGUUAUUGCCCACUCAAUUGUAUUUUGUUGUGUAAAUAAUUUACUUUGAGGUAGUUACACAUUUUCAUACUAAUUUGUUGGAAGUUAAGACGGCAUCUCGUAAUCUUUCACUUUUAAGACUCACCACAGAUUCAAAUAAACUAUCUGUAACUUGUCACGGUGUUAAUUGCAGAGAUAUAAUACAGCUACAAAAUGAUCUCAA